AUCACAUCGUGGCGUCAGUUCUCGCCUGUUUCGCUAAGGGUGCAGACCUGCUGAAUCGUCAUGUACACCGGUCCCGGGCAUGUGCUCGUCGCGAUCGCGAUCGCACUCGUCGUCGGUUCAGCCGUGUCGCCGUCCCGCGGAGAGCUUAUCGUCGAUAUGCCCAAAUUCGCUGAACCGAUAACAAAUGUUACGGUUCCGGUUGGCAGAGAAGCAACAAUAGUGUGCAUCGUGGAUGAUCUUGGUUCUUAUAAGGUAGCUUGGUUACGGGUGGACACGCAGACCAUAUUGACCAUCCACAACCACGUGAUCACGAAAAACCACCGGAUCGGUGUGUCGCACUCGGACCACAGAACGUGGCACAUACACAUCAAGGAGGUGAGAGAGUCCGAUAAGGGAUGGUACAUGUGUCAGAUAAACACGGACCCGAUGAAAAGUCAACUGGGCUUCUUAGACAUCGUCGUUCCUCCGGACAUUUUGGACUAUCCAACGAGCACAGACAUGAACGUCCGCGAAGGCAACAACGUGUCGCUGAGAUGCGCGGCUUCGGGAUCACCGGCGCCCAACAUCACGUGGCGCAAAGAAGGAACCGAUCUUAUACGUCUGGAACGCAGCCAACAAGUGCACAGCGUUGAAGGGCCAGUUCUGAAUCUGACACGGAUCAGUCGCUCUCACAUGGGAGCAUAUCUAUGCAUUGCGUCCAACGGCGUACCGCCAUCGGUCAGCAAACGGAUUAUGCUGGUGGUGAAUUUCCCGCCGAUGAUAUGGAUCCAAAACCAGCUGAUCGGAGCAUUCAUUGGCCAAUCACUAACUCUCGAGUGCUUGUCCGAAGCGCAUCCCAAGUCGAUCAACUAUUGGACCCGAGAGGCCGGCGAGAUCAUUGCUCACGGAGAAAAAUAUGAACCAGAAGAGUUUGUCACUGAACAAUAUAAAACGCGAAUGAAACUCACAAUUAAGUCUGUUACUGUCGAAGAUUACGGCACGUACAAAUGUUUGUCGAGAAACGCACUCGGAGACACAGAUGGCACAAUAAAAAUAUACCAAGUGGCUAAUAACGGCGCACACAGCACUACGCGACCCAAGCACAGAUACAAGAACCGUAACCGGACCAGAAUACGAGUGCAAUCGAAUGAUAUUAGAGACUCGGCGUUCUUAUCGAAGGACGAAAAUAACGAAUUGCAGACACAUUACGACGAUGAUGGUGAAUUUGAAGAAUACGAUUCCGGAUCGCAAACUCACGGUCUAGCUCUCUACACCGCAAUUGUAAGCGCAAUAAUGUUGGUGUACGUGCACGAGUGACUCCAAAACACUACAAAAUAUACACUGUCCAAUAAACUUACGAUUUAUAAUAAUAAUAAUAAUUUACUUAUAUGCAUAGAUAAUACUAUAUUAUGUUGUUAAGUCUGAAAUGUUUUUGAUCUUUUUUCGUGGUUUGAUUUUAUUUUUCUAGUCCGAUUUCUUGAAGUAAUGUAUUGAUUACUAUACACUUGAAUUUAAACACGUAAUACCAUGUAUUACGAAUAGAUUAUAAUAAAUAAGUAUAUAUACAGGGUGAUUCUUUUAACAGUAAAUACUUAUUAUUUCAAUAAGUAUUACAUUUUAGAUUUUUAUUUUAAAUAGUCUGAAUCCACUGUGAAUCAACAUUUGAAAAAAAUAUAUAUUGUCAUAAUUUUUUUAAAUUUUAACUGUUUUUAAAUCAUAACAUCUCACAUUUCUAAGUCAACUUCUAACUCGUAUACAUUUUAAAUACAUACACUGAACAAUAACUUAAAAAAAUAACAAAAAAAUAAAAUAACCAUUAUUAUUUUUCAAAAAUGUAAAAAUAUUGUUUAUAAACUAAAAAAAUAUUUUUAGUAACGUCAACACUUUUUGAAGUAAUACGUAGGUAUUUAAUGUUAAAAGAACCAUACAAAAAAAAAAAAAAAUUAGAAUUAAUUGAUAGUAAAAUAAAUGUUGUAGUAAGAUUAAAGUAUAUUCUAUAAUUUUAUUUUACAGAAGUGUAUAUAAUAUAGUGAAUACAUAAUAUUAUUUCAUAUGUAUUAUAUAUAUAAUAUAUAUAAGUAUUUAUAAAUAUAUAUGCGUGUAUAAUGUGUACAUAAUACUUUAUACACAAAGGAACUCCGUUAGCAUUGUUUUAACUUAAAAUAAAUUAUAAGAAAAUAAUAUUGUUAUCCAUUAUCGUAGAUUCGUUUUAGUGAAUUAUUUUUUUAUACUAGUCCUGUCUAAUAUUUUUGUCUGAUUAAAAUGUGUUGUGUCUUGUGUGCAUAUCUAUUUAUAUUAAGCGUGUACAAUUUAAUUAGUUGCAAAAAAUAAAAAAAUACGCAUUUGUAAAAUCACGCUAGGUAAAAAAAAAGACUGAAUGAAUGAGUGAGCAUCAAGUAUAUUUUGUACCGUAAACUUGGCUCUCCAUUAAUUAAAUAAUAAUGAUCGUUUAACGAAAAUGUCUGUAUUAUUUUACGACUUAAGAUAAAUUCGUAUGUUUAACGAACAUAAACUUGUACAUAUCAUUUGAUGCUAUCCAGUAUCCAUACCGAACUAUUCUCAAAUCCGCACCAAAUUCAUUGCAUUGUAAUUAUAACACAUUUAUGCGCAGUAUUAGGUACCUACGACUAAUAUUAUAAUAUAUUAUAAUUAUCAUUGUUGUUAUUAUUGUAAAAUAAAUCAAAUAUGAUAAUACGUAUCAUACGCGGUGAUCUUACUUAUAAGUUGCAAUACCUACACUAAAUACUCCCUAUACACUGCAAAUCUUUUAAAUUAAUAUGAUAAGGAUAUGAGAAAUAAUUUAAAAUUAUUAAGUAUUCGUUUGGUGUUAUUGGCUAUUGCAUAGCUAAUAUUCAUAAGUUAAAUGGAUACCUCUGUUGCAUCAUACUUUAAACGACCGUCGAUUUUACAUAGAAUACAUUUUUAUAGUUUAAGAAUCAUUUACUGUGUAAAAUAAUUUUUAAAAUACUCUAAACAAAUUGUUUACUAGGGACAUUUUGUUUAUUUUGUUUAUAGGUAUUUAAAAAUAAGACAACAUGUAUUAUAUAUUAUAAUAUUAUAGUUUAAUAGUACAUAAGUAUUAUAAGUAUAUUCAAUAUAGGUAGGUACAUUAUAUUAUAUUUAUUGAUAAAACAUUUUAAUACAGUAAAAUUAAUAAUAUCUGUGCAUUUCGUCGACAAUUAGUAAUGAUAAAUAAUGAUCUCGUAAGAUCUCACAAUGUUCACCGACUUGUGCUUUAAUAACACAUUUUUCAAUGUUCAACUUCAUAAUUAAUAACUGUAUAAACAGCUAGCACAACUUGUUCAGCUACAGGAAUUUAAUGGAUCCAAUGGUUUUAUUAAAAACGAAAAGUAGCUAAUUAUUUGCCGCGUAAUCACGUUCGAGUUUUUAACCGAUUACUAUUUGAUUCAAGUCUAUAAAUAAAAGUGAAUUUAGUGCAGUAUAAUACUUCUUCCCGUCGAGGAUAAAGCAAUAUUAAUAUAGCCGUUUCACAAAAGUAGAUCAAAUGUUUCCUUUGGCUGUCUUUUAUGUAUUUUCAUUCGUGUUAUAGGCAUGAUGGUUCAACAUUUCACGUUUUUCUUUGCCGACUCUCCUAUAGUAUGCGUAUUUCAACGUGAAAUCUUUUAAAAUUGUUAUUGAAAUCUCUAAUGGUUUUCGUUUCGAUACGUAUUAUAAUAAAUUACAAUAUUUCAGUUACCUACUAUACCAUAUAUUAUGUAUACGUAUGUCGGAAUGAAUUCGCACAUAUAGUAGCUAAAAACAUUCAUUAGCUAAAAUAAGUUCAUUAUUUAUAAUAUUACUAUACUAACUACAUCUAUAAUAUACUAUAUUAUUCCUAAUAAAAUAUUAUAUUAUACGCUUAUAACUGUUCAAAAAUAUUUUCAAUCUUACUGUGAUGUUCCUAUACCUAUAUUUCAAAAUAAUUUUUAUUCGUACCUAUAUUAUAAAAAUUUGAUUUUGAUUAGGUACGACACUCAAUUUUGUACCUACCUAUAUACUUAAAUAAUAUUAAGUAACAUCGGCCGUCAUCAGUUGUAUUUCAUAAAUCUUGUACUUAAGUCUAUAUAACAUUAAGAUGAUCUGUAUUGUUUAUGUGUAACAAAUAACAAUGUAACAUAAUAUGUUAAAAUAACAUUUAUUUUAUAGUCUUAAUUAUUUCGUAAAUGUUAUUAUAGUACGAUAUUUGUUCUAUUAUUCUAAUAAUAUAUUGUAUAAGUCUUUGUAUAAUAUGCUUUCGAUCGCAAAUAAUCUGACACUUGAUAAUAUAAAUUGUAUACUACUAAACGUGCACAUUUGUCCAUUGACAUAGAAAUAGUAAUAUUAUAAAUCAUAAUAAUCAUAAUAAUUAUUUUUAUGAUCAUUUGUGUAAUUGUGUAAAAAUAUUAUUAAAGAAUAAAAAUAAAUACAAAAUAAUA